CUUUUGAACGCAUAUAUAACCGACUGAGUUCUCGUUAUCUCACAAAAACGCUUUGUGAAUGAUCGCGAGAUGUAACACACAGGGGUUACGUCGAAAUCAUAUGCAAAGGCCUCCCACAACUUUUGCAGUUAAACCUAUUCCGCGACGCGGCGGUUGUGAAGAAGAGUCUUUAGAAAGCGCUAAAUCCUGGAAUUGAUAUGUUAUGAUCUCGUUUCUUUUGAUCAGAGUAAAAUCGAAUGCAAUUGGGAUUGACUAUCAUAUUCAAUCAAACUUUAAUCGAUGUCUUUUUAGUUUGGUUAGUUGACACAUUGAUAGGUUAGUCUGACGGCGGUCUGGAAAUGUUCACGUUUUCGUCAAUUUGUCUGGUGUUGUUGUCGGGAUUGCUAGUUUCGAAUGUCUACGGAACAGCUAACAUAUACAGUGAUGCCGUGGAAAAGUUAACAGCAGCAAAUUCGAAGUUCGCUGUGGAUCUCUACAGGGAAAUUAUUGCACAACCCAAAACAGUAAAUGUGGUAUUCUCUCCAGUCAGCAUCUCAGCAGCUUUGGCAAUGGUGAAGUUAGGAACGAAAGAAAAUUCCACUAAACAAAUUGCAGAAGCCCUUCAUUUAAAAGAUGUUGAAGCAUCACUAAUCAAUUCAGCAUUUGGUGAACUGAAUGGACUUCUUUUUGACAAGCCUAAAGACAACAUCACCCUGAAAGGUGCGAAUGGAGCAUUCAUUUCAAAGACUGCCAGUGUGUUGAAUGACUAUAGAAAUGCUCUCUCAGUGUUUGGAGCGAAAAUUGAAGAUUUGGAUUUUGGGGACAAGACAUCUGUAUCUCACAUUAAUAAAUGGAUCUCUCAAGAAACUGGCGACCUCAUUCCAAAUAUGCUCAACGAUGACGAUCUAGAUGCGACAACUGCUUUGGUCCUUGUCAACACCCUUUAUUUUACUGGUGAAUGGCACUCUGGCUUUUCACCAAUGCACACUGAUGAAAGAGCAUUUUAUGUGUCUCAUUACAGAGUUAUCAAUACUCACUUCAUGUAUCAACGAGGAAAGUUUCGUUUUCGGUAUAUUGAAUCAUUGAAUCUUCAGGUUUUGGAAUUGCCUUACGUUGGCCAAGAUAUCAGCAUGUAUCUUUUCCUGCCGGACAAUUUUGAUCUUGCAUCUGUUGAGAAGAACUUAAACUAUGAGAACCUUACCAAUUGGAUUUCCAACAUGGAAUACGAAACUGUUGACAUCACAUUACCAAAAUUUAAAGUGGAGGCUGGCAUUGAACUUCAAAAAUCAUUGCAAAACCUGGGAAUCAAAGAUAUAUUUUCAUCCGGCCAAGCAGACCUAUCUGGAAUAAGUGGUGACAAAUCACUCUUCGUUGAUGCCGUUUUUCACAAAGGUGUACUAGAGGUGAAUCCUCUAGGGGGAUUGGUUCAGGCAGAGCGCGAAGAAGCCAACCGUACACCUGCUGACAAAAGAAUUAUGUUUUAUGCGGAUCAUCCUUUCAUCUUCCUGAUCAAAAACAUGAAAAGUGGUGUCAUGUAUCAGCUUGGAGCAUACAAACGUCCAGAAGGCAAGGAACAAAAUCAUGAUGAGCUAUGACCAGCAAAUUGCUUAUGCCACCUGCACUGCUAUCUCUCACAAUUUUUUCCAAUCAUAAUCUGUAAACAAUUUACAUGAAGUUGAUCAACUUUUCACUGCUUAUAAAGCUGGUGCUUUUUUUGAUAGCCAUUUUCAGUAUUCAUAAUUAAAUUUUUGCAGUGUA